CUCUGGCUCCACUCCUUGGGUCUUGCUGCGUCUGCCUGCACCCUGUUAUCGGGCGCCUUUGCAUUCCGUAUUCCUUAGUGAGGCUUCCAUUCAGCUUCACGACUUUCUGACGGACAGAUUAACUGUUUUGGUUCUCUGUGAAACAACAUGGACAACACUCGCUGGUAUGCAGAUUUGAGAAAAUGUCGUCGCUGUGGCACGAGUAAGAAGCAAACCCUUGCCUGUUCGAGGUGCAAAUCAGUCUACUACUGCUCUAAGGAGCACCAGAUUGAAGACUGGAAAAGUCACCGUGACUCUUGUGGCUAUUAUAAAGUGUGUCGAGAACCCUCCAAACCGACAUGUCUUGUUGCAACGAGAAAAAUUCCAAAAGGGACCACAAUUUUCAAAUCAGAGGCCAUAGCUAUUGGACCAACUGGCCUAGAGCCUGCAUGUCUAGGCUGUUUACGGCCAAUGAUUUAUGACGUCAUGUCCUAUCAGUGUGAGGGAUGCGGCUGGCCCAUUGAUGUGCAAUGCCAAAAAUCACCUUUGCAUCAAUUAGAGUGCAGUGUAUUACAAAAUGCGGGCUUCAAAUUUGAUAAGGAAGCUUUUUUAAAGAAAGGAGGAGUGUGGAAGGACUCCUCUGUCUGGCGUGCAGACUUUAGAUUUAUUGGAUUUAGUAUGUUGGUGCUGAGGGUACUUCUUUCAAAUAGAAUGCCAAAGCUGCUGGAAUUGGAUGCUCCAGACAACCACAACGUCAGCCUUCAUGCUGAACGCAGUCGAGCAUUGUUAGAAGGAGUUUCCUUAUUUAUAAGGAAUCAUCUCAAACUUCAACAAUAUGACCAUGACACUAUAUGCACUAUAACCAAGGUGUUACAGCAAGCACUAGUUCCUGUUACAGUCUUGGAUGACUGUUUCAGCCUCAAUGAGCCAAGAUGUGGAUAUGGAGCCCAUGAUUCGGACGUUUAUUACAUGCAGCACUCUUGCUAUCCUAAUAUACACAUGUUAGAAACUUCAGCAGAGCCAACAAUUACAUAUGCUAUAGCAAAUGUUGACAUAGAGCCUGGAGAUAAACUGACAGUAAAUAAAUUUUGUUGUAACUUAAUGGUCUCAACCUGGACAAGACAACUGAAUUAUGUAUCGCUCACUCAGAACCCAUGUACUUGUGAACGAUGUAUGGAUCCAACAGAACUGGGCCUGCACCUUGGUUCUGUGACUUGCAAGAAAUGCUUUGCUAUGACAACUCCAAACACCAAAGAUUGGGGAAAAUGCAAUAAAUGUGGAUACUCAAUGACACCUGGUGAUGUGGGCCCAAUUGCUUUUGAGUUCACGAAGAGCUUUGCUGCUUGUAAGGAACCAAAUGACUUUGUAAAAUUGAUUGAUACAUACAGUGGGCCUGAAGACCUGUUUCACCCCAAUCAUGGCCUCAUACUUUCGGCAAAAGAGGCAUAUUGUCAGUCAAUUCACACGAAUUCCUUGAAUAAAGGUGCUGCUUUUGAAUUGGGUUCUAGAGACCGGGAUCAGUUCUAUAACUACACAAAAGAUUUGACAGCUGUAAGUGCCAAAUUGAAAAUGGCUCAAAGGGAAGAUCUGUUGUACAUUCGCUGGCUGGAAGUCCAUUCCAGAUAUAUCAUUCGCCAGUGGUUUGUAGGUAAUAUUACAAAUGUAGAAGCUCAGGAUUUAAUCAAACUAUUAAUGGUGGAAUACAGGGAAAAGGGAUUGGCAAAACCAGCUCACCGCUUCACCGAGCUACUACAUCGGAAUAUGACUAUAGAGAUCCAUAAUCAUCUCGUUAGACUGCAAAUUGCGGAAAGAGACAAAGAAGAUUAGGGAGCCCAACCAUUCCAUUUCAAGCUCAUGCUAGUUGCAGUUGAUAAGUUGCCUUUGUAUAUCGUAAGUCCAUAAGGUUUAAUUGAUAAUGUUGUGAUUCUGUGAAAAUAUACUGCAUUUGUGGCUGCAAAUGAGUUGGGAAUCGGAGUAACAAAAUAAUAAAUCAGUUAAAACAGUUUUUUUUUAUUUCUGUGGAUAAACAAUGUUUGUUUUCCCAAAACAAUGUAUUGUCUUUUAUAGUAUCUUAUGGGAAAAGAGUAGGGCAUAGGAGUACAUUUUAGACAGCUUUCACUUACAUGUACAUACAAAGCAUAACAUUAGGGACGUCAAUUUUAUCUCACAAGUAUUAGUGUAAUGUGAGGCAAGAACUGGAACAAAUGGAAUGUCAAUAACUAUUUUGUGAACCCUUAUUCAGAAAGCGUGCUUGAAUUAUUGUACAGUGCCCACAGAGCUCCAGCCCAGGGACUUAUUGUACUGCUCUUUUAUUGUUCUGAACAACAUUAAAUUUUCUACUUAAAGUAA